AUGAAUUACGUUGGAAUCUAUGACAAUAGUAAAAAGGCUGUUGUUCGUUUGGUAAUUAGUCCAGAUAAUGUUGUUCCAUCGAAUUAUUUUAUUGCAACAUUCCCUGGUGCCACUGGCUUAAUCUAUAAAGCUAGUGAUUCGAAUACAUUUAUUUCAAUACCAAAAGAUGCUAAUGGAAAUUUUCGUUGGGAAUGGAAUCCAAAUAUUGUCUAUGAUCUAAUAUAUGCCGAUCCUUCUCGAAAUCGUUCAUUGUCAUCUUCAUCAAGUAAAUCGAAAUAUUCAAAUUGGUUUGCUGUAAUCGGAAGCAUAAUUUUUAUGUGGAUUGGUUCAAUGGUAUCGUCUCUUUGCCAUCCACCAGCUGAAAUAUCACCUUUUAUAAUACGAAUUAUUCUUUUGAUUAUUCUUCAGUUGAUCUAUAUUAUAUCUGUAAUAUUUGUAACACCAGCAUUAAUCAAGUGUCUAUUCAACAAGGUUACAGCUUGCAUUCAGACGAUUGACUUACAAACGUUAGCUUAUCAUGCUCCAAGUCCAGUACCAUUUAUUCUUGAUAAUCAUAUUAAUGAAGCAUUGUGA